AUGGCCCGGAGACUGGAGGAGGAGUACGAUUACCUGUUCAAGAUCGUCCUGAUCGGAGAUUCCGGAGUCGGCAAGUCCAAUCUGCUAUCCCGCUUCACCCGCAACGAGUUCUCCCUCGAGUCCAAAUCCACUAUAGGCGUGGAGUUCGCCACUCGCACCGUGCAGGUCGGUAGCUUCGAUGCCCUUUCCUCCCUAGAUCCACCGCGUGGUCGGUUGCGUGUUUUUCGGGGAAUGCUGAUGGAUUCACUUUCUUCGCUUUUAUUUUCUUUAUUUUCUCUUGCGGAUUUAGCGGAUGGAUGACGAAUAUCCUUCUCAUGUCAUUUUACCUCCUGUUUUAGUUUUCUGGAUUUGAUGUUUUAGGUUUCGUCAUUCUUUGUUGUGUAGUUCUGCUUUUCGUUCUUAUGUUCCUUCGGAUCUGUGGAACCGUUUCAUAUGUCCGCCGCUGAAUUAUGUCCGAGAACGUAUUCUAUUUGUCUGAUGCCGGUUGUUGAUCCAUUUUUGUUGUGAUAUUCGUCGAGUCUUCUGUUCUGGUAGGACAACUACCUCCGGAUUUCAUCAGAAGGACAAAGAGUUAUUUUUGUCUUUGCCUCUUUAUGCUUCUGGAUUUCUCGGGGAACUUCUCUUGACGUUCGUCGGAUCUAUUUUAUUCACUUUCUCAGCAAAAGCUUGCCUGUGGAUUUGUGUGGGGUGGUUGGGGGUGGGGGUAAGGGCUUAAUUUCGAGCGUCUCCCGAUUAGAGAACGUGUUUACAUAGGCUUAUGUCAAGGAUGACUGCCUGUUUGUGUGAAGCACCAGAUCGCAUUAGAGAUAUUCUUGAACCAAUUUUUUUUGCUUUAAUUUUUUAAUUUAGUCCUCAUGGACCAAGGAUGACUGCCUUGGUUGCGAUUUCUGUAUCUAGUGAGAAUAUUUUAGAAAAUCCUGCCUACUUCCGCUUUAGAAAUCCUAGGUUUCUUCUACUUCUUGGUCUAUUGUUAGUAGCAGGUUGCAAAUUAUGAUUUGUGAAGUAGAAACCUCUCUAUGCGAAAGAGUUGUGAUUUGCGUAUUCUGUAUAAUGAUGCGUGCAUUAGGAGCCAUCAAUUUUUUCUUCAUUGAAAAACUCGUUUCCGCAAUGAUGAUAUACCAAAUGAUGGUGAAAUACGAUAUUGUGUGUGCUGCAUCGGGUAACUGUUACGACCCCAUUAAUGACAUAUAGAAGGAGGAAGAAGGAGACACGUGUGCAGCACGUGGGAGAAACUUCAGGAGACUUCCAUAGAUCGGAAGUCUCAGACAAGUUCGUCUGAGGGCAAUAAAUAGCACUCGGCGUGACAGACUAAGGGAGAGGAACAGUCAUUCUCUCCUUUCCCUCUGACGUGUUUCAAUGGAAGCGUCAUUCUGAAGUUCUAUCAACACUUUUCUGUCCGAUUUGUUGAAUCUACACCACUGAUUUCCUUCCGAUCCGAUCCGAUCCUUCCAAAGAGGAUCGUAUCAGUAACCAAGUAAAAUAGGCGCAAUCCAGUUGAAAGUCCUCACCAUUGACGGGGUCGCAAGUGAAAGGUCAACAGACUUUGAGUUGCCCUAAAAUUAGAACGUUGACAUAUCUGGCCAGCGACCAAUGUGAUUGUGGUAGUCCUUCUAGGGUUGCCGGUUGAGUUGUGUCAUCAUUGACCAAUCUGAAUGCAAAACAAGUGAUACUUAUGGUAGAGUUUCAGUGGGGUUUAAAUGUCAUAUCUCAACCAUUCCUUUCUUUUUGAUCUUUCCUUCUUUGAGGCUGUGUUCGAGGAUCUGUCUUUUUAACAGGAGGCAGUGUCUUCUGCUGUUCUGGCCGGCAAUUUCAGGUGGAGGGCAAGAUUAUAAAAGCACAAAUUUGGGACACAGCCGGUCAGGAGAGAUACAGGGCCAUUACCAGUGCUUACUACCGGGGAGCCUUUGGGGCCCUCAUUGUGUAUGACGUGACAAAGCCCUCGUCAUUUGAGAACGUGAGCCGCUGGCUGAAGGAGCUCCGAGAUCACGCCGACUCCAACAUUGUGAUCAUGCUGAUCGGAAACAAGACCGACCUCGAGCAGCUCCGUGCAGUCACCCUCGAAGAUGCCCAGAGCUUUGCUGAGAAGGAGGGGCUUUCCUUCAUCGAGACAUCGGCCCUCGCCGCCACUAACGUCGAGAAGGCCUUCCAGAUAGUCCUCGGAGAGAUAUACAGACUGGUCAGCAAGAAGAAUCUCGCGUCUGGUGAACCCACACCUUUCUCUGCAGGAAGCUUCAAAGAAGGGAAGACGAUUGAUGUGUCAGAGUCUGGGGCCGACUCCAGGAAGACCCAAUGCUGCUCUUCUUCGUAA